AAUAACAUGGCCAGUCAUCGAUUCGUUCCAUCUGUCAUGUACGCCGGGAAUUUCACCAGGCCAGAAUCCGGCUGGCCAUUUGGACAACCAAAUGGGAUGGAGCACAGCGAUGAGUGCAUUUUCCAGAGGAGACAACCUACGUUGGUGAUAUUUAUACUCUAUGGACUAGCCGUUCCCACUUUGGCUGCCUUUGGACUGUGCACAAAUUUCAUCAAUGCUGUGGUCUUCAUGAGACCCAAGAUGACACCUUCGGCAUUUAGUUACUUGGCUGCUCUUUCCUGGAUGGACUGCAUCUCUUGCCUGCUCAUUACGAUGACCGCCUUGUCCAGGAGUUAUUUUUACGGCAGUCCAGCAUGGAUUGCCUACGACUACCAAUGGCAAACACCAUUCUUUGGGAUCAGUACAGGAGCAGCUAAUCUUCUCCUGGCAUGUCUGAGCCUCGAUCGAUUCACUUAUCUGUCGAGUUUCAAAAGGAACAAUGGUCCUCCUCGCUUUUGUCGCCGAAAGGUGGCUCGCUGCAUGAUCGCUGUGGCAAUAGGCACUUCUAUAGUGGUCAAUAUGCCUUACUUCUUUGUCUUCUAUGUGAAUGACUCGGGAACAUGUCACGUGACUGAGUUCUACUAUUCAAAUUUCUAUAAAGUGCAAAACUGGUUCACCUUUGCCUUGUUAGCACUUUUGCCAGCAAUAUUUCUGUUUGUGGGUAACGGAGCCAUUAUUAUAGCUUUUCGGCGAUGGACAAAGCAGAGUCGAAGGUGUCAGUCCAGCAAUACCACUGCCAAUAACCGCACCACCAACAAGAGAUAUCAGCACCAAAUGAAACUGACCAUUAGCAUAGUUAUUGUGAUUACACUGUACUUAAUCGGUGAACUUCCGGCCCAUAUGACUUCGAGAAAGAGCUCCUUAAAUCUCAUAUUUGGCGGUGAUCCCAACAAGGUGAAUGACUCCUUCAUGGAAGAGCUGGAGGUGAUAUGCAUAACCCUAAAUGCCCUGCAAUUAUCCUUGAAUAUUGUGGUUUAUGCGGUGAUCAAUCCCUCGUUUAUGCCGGAGUUUUUCCUCUGCCUUAGGGGAACCUCUGAUGUGUGCUUCGGAUUGUGUUGUUUCCGAGCACUGCGAAGAACUUGGAAACGUUGCCAGGCGCGACGGCAGCAACAGGCUACAGCAGAGGAGCGGGUGGUCAGUAGUGUAACUCCGCAACAUUUUCCAGUGGAUGAGGCACUACCCUGCGGAUGUGAGAGUUGGGCUAGUGAUUCCGGUUGCAAGAUCAAUGCCCAUUGCAAGACAGCAGUGGGUACAUUUACCAUGAAGGAUUCGGAACAUGACGAAGAGCCUCAUUGCUGCCAUGACUCGGAGGUCUUCUACACCAGAUCCAGCGGCUGCCUGCACACAAAAGACUCUGCCCCCGACGAGGAAUCCUUAUUUAGUUCUAGCUUUAUUAUAAUAACUUAA